AUGGCGUCGUGGCUGGCCCAUCUGCGUCGUGUGAACGCUCACAAUGUCUCGACCUUUCGACGCGCGCCGCUAGCCGAGAUCUCAGGAUCCCUUGGUGAUCUCGGCACUCUCUUGCCACUCAUGAUUGCUUUGGCAGUGCAAGGAUCGGUGCAUUUGGGCUCGACGCUGGUGUUUUCGGGGGCAUUUAAUAUCAUCACUGGCGUUGCGUAUGGCAUCCCUCUACCAGUUCAACCCAUGAAGGCUAUUGCUUCAGCAGCCAUUUCCAGUGGAGAAGAUGCACCAAUGGAAGCUGUAGUCGCGGCAGGCCAGUGGGUGGGAGCUGCCGUGCUGGUCAUGAGCGUCACAGGUCUUCUGCGAUGGGCCGUAUCCGUUGUUCCGAUUCCCGUUGUCAAAGGCAUCCAACUAGGAGCCGGCUUGUCUCUCAUCAUCGGUGCCGGUACCUCGCUUCUCCAACCACUACACUGGAUAUAUCCUGUUCUGGACAAUAGAAUCUGGGCAUUAUUCGCAUUUCUUGUCCUCAUUGUCACCCAGCGCCUCCCCAGGUUUCCCUACGCCUUCGCCUUCUUCAUCUUGGCCAUCGUCUUUGCCAUAGUUACAGUCCUCACUACUCAUCAUCGACUGCCCUCGUUCCAUGUCUGGCAUCCCCAUUUGAUCCUGCCAAGAUGGAUUGGUCCACACGGCGAUGCCCCAGCCCUUUGGAUGGCAAUUGGACAGCUUCCGCUAACGACUCUCAACUCCGUCAUUGCCGUCACCGCCCUCGCGGCUGAUUUAUUGCCCGACCUUCCUACUCCAUCGGUGACGUCUGUCGGUAUGAGCGUGGCAUGUAUGAAUCUCACGGGGACUUGGUUCGGGGCGAUGCCCGUUUGUCAUGGCGCGGGUGGUCUAGCGGCUCAAUAUCGAUUCGGUGCCCGAUCCGGUGCGAGCAUCAUCUUCCUGGGGAUUGUCAAAAUGGUUCUCGGACUCGUCUUUGGCGAGACACUGAUUGAUCUGCUGAAAUCAUACCCAAAAAGCAUUCUUGGGAUCAUGGUGCUCGCCGCUGGGUUAGAAUUGGCCAAGGUAGGUCAUUCGCUUAACAAGGGAGCCCCCGACUUAUGGGAGAACGCAGCCAGUGAUUCUUUUGCUGGCCGUGUCGGCAGGAUCCAUCGAGACUUGGGCGAUGAAGAACGACUGGAGCGAUGGACCGUCAUGUUAAUGACCACAGCAGGCAUUUUGGCUUUUAAGAAUGAUGCGGUAGGCUUUGUAGCUGGCAUGCUGUGUCACUGGGCUUAUAAAGGAUCAGAAUGGUUCAACAAAAGGAAUAGGAACCGUUUGCUUAGAGGAGAGAGAGCUCCUUUGCUCAGUUCAUGA